AUGGCAGCUCUAAGAUCAGCACCAGCUUGCCACCCAAAUAGUUAUCUAGAUUACCUCCCAUCUUACCUGGCUAAGCAAGACAUAAAUUACAUUUUCCAGAAGACCAAUAAUGAAUUUGACUCCAAAUCUUUUUUUGAAAGCAACCCCUGUUUUAUAGACACUUCUGAAAAGCUGGUGCUGGAGGAUAUUGCUUUUCCAGUUGGAUUUGCUUGGGGUGCAGCUACAGCAGCAUAUCAAAUUGAAGAAGGCUGGAAUGCAGAUGGAAAGGGCCCUAAUGUCUGGGACAUAUUCACUCAUCAGGGAGGAGAUCGAGUUUUCAAGAACCAGACUGGUGAUGUAGCUUGUGGCAGCUACACUCUGUGGGAGGAAGAUUUGAAAUGUAUCAAACAGCUUGGAUUGACUCAUUAUUGCUUUUCUCUUUCCUGGUCACGUCUGUUACCUGAUGGGACGACAGGUUUCAUCAACCAGAAAGGCAAUUGUUUCUUAAAAAUAGAAGGUUGCAGCUUUAAUUCAAGGUUAUUGCUGCAGUCUGGCAUAAUUAAUCCAGUAUGCUAUUCUGCAGUGUAG